AUGACGUACACUGCCCUUCUAACGCUUGCCAUUCUCCGGGACGACUUUCAGCGGCUGGAUCGCGAAGGGAUCAAGACCCACCGGCUUGACUGCAUCCCCAACCGCGACAAGCUCGAGCAGUGGGUGCUCUCUCGACAAGUGCCCCUCUCUGGAUUUCAGGGCCGCGUGGAAAAAGAGCAAGAUACCUGCUAUUCGUUUUGGUGCGGCGCAACGGCCAAGAUCCUCGGAUGCCAUGCGGCGAUCGAUGCGGCAUCCGACGCUUCCUACCUCCUAUCUGCCCAGUCCAAGCGGGGUGGCAUUGCCAAGGUUCCAGGCGAGUCACCAGACGUGCUGCAUUCGUAUCUGUCGUACGUUGCCCUCGCGAUGCAUCAACACGACCAGCUCCCCAAUAUUGGUUUGCCUUUUCGCCCUGUAUGCGCGUCGCUGAAUCUCUCUUACUCCUCGCUGGAGUGGGUGGUCGAGCAUUUGUGGCACAGCGUGCCUACGUAUUCUGUUCCCUAA